AUGUUAUCAGACAGGAUAGUUGAAUACUAUCCAGUGGUCUCCAUUUUCAUAACUGUUCUCAUAUUUCUGGCGAUAUUGCACUACAGCGAUCGUGUUGCAACUAUACUGCCAAUACCCAGUUUAAAAACAACUGCAAAAAAUAAAUGUCCCACUAGUGCAGAAGAAACAGCAACAAUGGCAACCGGAGGAAUGAAUAAAAAAAGGCGAAGGAGCGUGUCGGCCAUGCAGUACCGCAGCGCUGCCACUGCCACCAGAGACAACAACAACAAACCGAGGACCAAAAGGAGCAAAAGUUGCAUCAACAUGGGAAACUCACAAAAUCGAGCGGCAAACAGCGAUGAAAAGUCACCGCCAGGUGGCGGCAGUCUAGUGCGGAUGGGGCUCGGCAGCAGCAGCAGCGGCGGCAUAGCCCGGGAAGUGGGCGACAUGGGUGGUGUGGGCGUGGCCCUGAUUGAACGUCGAAGCAGUCGAGUGCGCGUCCUGAGCCGUUUUGUGGGACAGAAAAGGAUUCGCGAGGCAUUCCUGGCCUCACCAAAACCGAAAACCCAAUCGGAGGGCAGUCUGGUGAGCAGGGAUGGAAGCGGGGACUGGACCACAGCGGAAACGGAAGUGGAAACGGAAGCGGAGCAGGGACAAUUGGAUAACGGCGCCGAACAAAUAGAUUUUCCCCCCGCCAAGCCGCCGCGUUUGAAAAAGCUGAAGUCCUUGCAACGGGAAUUGGAACGGGAGGAUCGUUGUAGUUUUAGCCAACUCUGUCACCUGACCAUUGAAUCCAAAGACGAUCAGGACAAUGCGUUAGAGACCGAGUCCUUGGGGAUUCUGUCCAUUCAGGAGCAACACCAGUCGUUGCCGGAACCCCCACCGACCACCAAGCAACCUCGAAAGAGACGCAUUGCACCCCAACCCCCACCAAAGCCCCCACCGAAACCCAAGAAAAGAUCUAACAAAAUCGGGGAGGAUAACCCCCAAACCGAUGAUCACUGUGCGUUUAUUGAAAAGCUCUUUGCAGCAACAUCUGAAAAAAUGGCAACCGAUGCAACCAAUACUGUGGCGGACGACGUGAUCAGUUUGGAUUGCACCGACUCCCUUGAGUUCCACAACUGCAGCGGCGACGAUUGUUGCUAUGCCUCCAACGACACUCUGACCCAUCGCCAGAGACAGAGGGAGCUUCACCAUCAUCAUUCCAACUCGGUCCAUCGCUCCGAUCACCAUCAUACCAUUCCCUACGACCAGAGAUCCCUGUGCACAACCUGCUCAAGCAAUGAUUCCCUAUUCACAGAUCCCGUCCCGGAGAUAGCCGAACCCAAACAGUAUCUAAAUGCGGCCAAGAACGACCACAUCCGGAUUCCACAAUCGAAACGCGAUCGUCCACUGAGCGAAAUUAGUGUCACUUCGGUGGACACACUGUCGCCGAUUACAGCCAGGGCGAUCCUCGAGCUGAAGCGGCAAUGUCUCAAGGAUAAGUUGGACUGCUUGAGUGUAACACAAGUCACCUACUUCAGCAUAGCCAAUGACCUGCAGGAGGUGGAGGAAGCCCAGCCGGCCAUAUUGCUCAGCUCGGAACUAUUGGUAGCACCGAAUAGCCCGGCGGAGAGUUCGCCGGACGAACUAAUGGCUUUGCAGUUGGGCAAGAAGCUGGCCCAAGUCCUGGGCAGUGGAACUGGCUCACCCUUGACCCCCGGUAAUAUGGAGGGUGGGAUUCCAACCCCAGGGCCUGGAAAUCGGGUGGACUCGCCGCUGGGAAAUGGCGAAUUAUUCAAUGUCUCGAAGGCGAAAAAGGUCGAGCUGCAGAAUCUUUCAUCCAGAUUUACAGCAGCCGUCAGUCAAACACCACCGCCAGGUGUUGCAACCCCAAACGAUUCAGGAGCGCCAGGACUUUUGGGAAGUACUGCAGGAGCUGGGACGUCCUCGUCGCUGGAAACGCAAUCAACUGUUAUAAUUUCGUUUAAAUCAUCUCAAACACCUGUGCAGUCUCAAACGAAUUCUGCAGCACCGCCAGCAGUGGUACUCGCUACUGACAAUGUCGAGGAUGACACGGCGCCCCUGCCACUGCCACCGCCACCGCCGGGCUUUGGCACACCCACCACGCCCCUCUUGUCGAGCAAUGUGCUAAAGAAGGUCGCCAGCUUCACGGUCGAAAAGUCUUCGGCGGGCAAUAGCAGUAGCUCCAAUUCGCAAUCCAAUCCCCCGAUUCUGAGUGAGGAGACAACGCUUUUGGCCACGCCGACCUCGUCGCUGGCGGCAACCCUGCCGGAAAUUCCGGGUGGCGUGGGCGCUGCCGGAGCAGGAACUGUAGUGGGGGCUGGAGCUGGUUCGCGACGCGGCUCAUCUUAUGUACCGGAAAAGUUAAGCUUCGCUGCAUAUGAAAAGUUCGAAGGUCAAAUGCUGAUGAAAUGGAUUAUCUCAACGAUGCAAAACAACCCGAAAAGUGCUCCCCACCAGGACUUCAACCAGGAACUCUUCUACUCGCUGGCGAUGCAGUUCUGCAAUAAUCUCAAAUAUGUCGGCGUCCUCAAGCAGAUCUCCAACGAGCAUUUGGACGGCGGAUUCAGCCCGUAUGAGAUGUACCAAUGGACGCACACGGAGCAGCCGACAACAUCACUGCCUCUGACCCCCGGGAAGCUGGAUGCAGUGGCAGCUUGGCCAUUUUCGAGUACGCCAUCUGGUCUCCGAAACCUCGAGGCGAUCUCUUUGAGCAACGCAUCAGGUGCUCUGGGAGGGGCAGCAGCAGUGACAGCAGCAUCAGCAGCAGCCGUGGCUGGCACAGAAACCACAUCGGUAUCGGAUAAUCAAAAUACCCUGCAGCAGAUACUGAAGAAGCGCCUGCUGAACUGCACCACUUUGGCGGAGGUUCAUGCGGUGGUUAACGAACUGCUGAGCAGUGUGGAUGAACCACCGCGGCGACCAUCCAAGAGGUGUGUGAAUCUCACGGAUGUCCUGAAUGCCAGUGAAUCGACCGUUUAUGAAUACAACCGAACGGAAGUCAACCAAGGAAGUUUAGUGGAUGCUGGUACACAAACGGAACUGGAAGAUUCCGGGGAAGAGCUUAUGAGCUGCAAAGGAUCGUGCAAGUGUGGGGGGUUGCCGGUAGCGGAUACAACCGAAAAGAAUGGUCAGGAUACGAAGGGCGAUGGUGAGACUGGCGGGGAGAAAUCGACAAUUCCACAACCGCCUCCACCACCCCCACUUCCUCUGCACUUCCAACCGCCCCCCCCGCCACCGCCUCCACCACCUGCUUUUUCUUUAAACGCCCCGCCUCCACCACCACCACCCCCUCCGAUGAUGGGAGCUCCACCGCCUCCUCCUCCGCCACCGGGAUGUGGCGCGGCACCGCCUCCACCUCCUCCAGCACCGGGUGCCUGCGGAGUGCCGCCCCCACCGCCUCCCAUGGGCGCCUCGCCCUCCAAGUCACUGAUCUCACCCGCCCCGCUUCCCGAUCCCGCCGAAGGGAACUGGUUCCAUCGCACAAACACCAUGCGCAAGAGUGCUGUUAACCCGCCAAAGCCCAUGCGUCCCUUAUACUGGACCCGCAUCGUGACUAGUGCCCCGCCAAUCCCACGACCCCCGUCGGUGGCCAACUCUACCGACAGCACAGACAAUAGUGGCAGCUCACCGGAAGAACCACCUGCUGUGGAAUCUACCACCCCUCCCACCAAGGAAAUUUGGACGGAAAUCGAGGAAACCCCUCUGGACAAUAUCGAUGAAUUUACGGAACUUUUUUCCCGCCAAGCCAUGGCACCGGUCAGCCGGCCCAAGGAGGCCAAGGUCAAGAGGGCGAAAUCGAUUAAAGUCCUCGACCAGGAGAGAUCCCGCAAUGUGGGAAUCAUUUGGAGGAGUCUGCACGUCCCGUCCAGCGAAAUCGAACAUGCAAUAUACCACAUAGAUACGUCAGUUGUCAGUUUGGAGGCACUGCAGCACAUUAGCAAUAUUCAGGGCACCGAUGCUGAACUGCAGAUGAUCAAGGAGGCCGCCGGAGGAGACAUUCCGCUGGAUCAUCCAGAGCAGUUCCUGCUGGACAUAUCGCUAAUCUCGAUGGCCAAGGAGCGGAUCUCGUGCAUUGUCUUCCAGACAGAAUUUGAGGAGUCGCUCACUCUAUUGGUCCGUAAGCUGGAGACUAUUUCCCAGCUGUCCAAGCAACUGAUCGAAAGUGAAGACCUCAAACUGGUGUUUUCCAUUAUUUUGACUCUUGGUAAUUAUAUGAACGGCGGCAACCGUCAGCGCGGCCAGGCGGAUGGCUUCAAUCUGGAUAUUCUCGGGAAGCUCAAGGAUGUCAAGUCCAAGGAUUCGCACACCACUUUGCUCCACUUCAUAGUGCGCACGUACAUUGAGCACAGGAGAAAGGAGGGAGUGCAUCUUUUGGAGAUCCGUCUGCCGAUCCCAGAGCCAGCGGACGUGGAGAGAGCGGCUCAGAUCGAUUUCGAUGUUGUGAACACACUUAUUGAUGAGCUCGACACUAAGUUUAAAGAUCACAAGAGAACCACAGCCAAAGUGCUGGCCGCCUCGCGUCCGGAUAUCCAGGAGCCCUUUAAGUCCAAAAUGGAGGAGUUCGUUGCCGGAGCUCAAGAAUCAAUGGACAAACUUAAGCAGCUUCUCCAGGAGUGCCGCGACUUGUUCAUGAAGACGAUGAAGUUCUACCACUUCACUCCAAAAAGUGGUUCUGUGACCCUGGAGAAGUGCACUCCCGAUCAAUUUUUUGAGUACUGGACAAACUUCACUAACGAUUUUAAAGAUAUUUGGAAGAAGAUGAUCACAGAUCUCUUAAACGAAUUGAUGAAGAAGUCGAAACAAAUCGAGUCGCGUCGCAACGUCUCCACGAAAGUAGAAAAGUCCGGUCGAAUUUCUUUGAAGGAGCGCAUGCUUAUGAGGCGCAGCAAAAACUGAAUACCUAAUCUAAGAAACACCACGAUGAUAUAUUUUUUAAUUGUAGUUGCUUUUUAUUCACACUAUUGCUAAGGAAAUUUCCCGUUAAAUGGAUUCAUUCUCCGCUAAUUGUUAAGUUACAAAAUUGUAUACAAAAUUUGAAUUACUUAUAUGCAAGCGUGGCGCUUAAAAUAAAUUGUCCUCAUGCUGUUGUGAUCGUA